AAACUGAAUUCCAGAUUGUUCAUUGACAAAAAGACCAGCCACCAUAAUGGGUGAUGCAAGCUCCCCUGAGAUGGUGAAUGGAUUGCCUGUCAAGGAGGAGAGUGCGGCAUCGCUCACUGAGGACUGUAGUAUGGGGGUGAGAGAGAGGAGAAAUGGAGACACACUCCUUGAAACAAAGGAGGAGGAGGAUAUCACAAUCAAAGAGGAAUGUUCGUAUGAUGAGGAACAUCUGGUUAUCAUUGAUCCUUUAUUAACUUUUCACUGCAAACAUUGUAAGAAUGUAUUUGCCACCCAGUGUGACUUGGAUGUUCAUAUGAAGGAAAAGCAUGUGGAAGGAAAGCGUCUGAGUUGUAAGAAGUGCAGUGAAACGUUUCCUAAGGAAUGUGAACUAAUGUUACAUGCCAAACUUCAUGGUCCAGGAAAGCCUUCUACUAAUAAGGAUUGUCACAGUGAAGAUGAAUUAAGUGCUAAAAUGCCAAGAACCAGUAGUUCUCCACCCAGACCUAAAUAUCGUAGAAUUCUCCCACGUAUAGCUCCACCUCUUGAAACACAAGAUAGUGAAUCAUCUUUUGGAGAAAAUGAUCAUUCUGACUCGGAAGAAGAAAACUCGACAGGCUACCUAGACCCCAGUCGAAGUUGCCUGCCAGAGUAUGGCGAAACAAAUCCUAAGCCAAAGGAUGGAAAUGGGACAGCAGCUGCAGCCAGCAUGAAAGACCUUCUCAGCUCAGUUUCCAGCACAGUGGGCCACCCAGUAUGGUGUACCAACACGUGUGAUACUCAAGAGCAGCCAACAUUUGGCAGUGGCAUGAAAAUGGAUCGCCAAGAGGAAAAGCCUGAGCGCUCCAUUCCCCUUACGGAGAGCCAGCAAGAGUGCCUUGUCACUCUUAUCCGUGAGAAAAAAAAUGUGGUGCUUUGCAAGAGUCAGGAACCCAAGCUGCUUAGCAUAAAGAAGCGCGUCUGGAAAGAAAUUACAGAGAAUUUCAACUCCCUAAACCCUGGCCAGAAGCCACGCAACACUGCUCAGCUGAAGAGAGCUUUGGAUCACAUAAAACGCCGUGUGAAGGAGGAGCAGUCUAAGUACCGCCGCAGAGUUCUUGCCAAUGGAUUAGGUCCGCCACCAGACCCUCCAAAAUUUACAGAGGCGAUGAUGGCAGCGAAGGAGAUCAUGGGGCAGGAAUUAUCAAUGAACGAUAUCCCAUUUGUUUCUGUAACGAUGCCCAAUACCGAAAAAGAUGAUCAUAGCCCUUUUGCUACUACAGAAGAGAAGCCUGAAUGCAGCUUCACCCCUGCUGUCACCACCACUGAUGCUGUACCCUCAAAUUCAACCUCCUCUACCGCUGCUCCUUCUAUUCUUUUCCCAUCACUUGAGUUUUCAGCACCACCUGUCCCACCCACAUCUUCCUUACCUAUGGGACCUGGCACUUCACGUCCAAACAAAUCCUCUUCUGGACAUCCUACUCAGUAUCC